AUGAGUGAGUCAUUGAAUUUAGACGCAAUUCUCGAGUCAUGCAAAAAGGGCGAGCAACUUUCCGAAGGCGUUUUCGUUGAGCUUAUGCUUAAGUUAAUGGAACAACUCGCAAGUGAAUCAAAUCUUCUCGAACUUCAAUCUCCAAUUAUCAUUUGUGGCGAUGUUCACGGACAACUUUUCGAUUUAUUCGAGCUUUUCGAUGCAGCUGGUGAUCCUGCCAAGUAUACAUUCCUAUUCAUGGGAGAUUACGUAGAUCGCGGUUAUUAUUCAGUACUCACUUUCUCAUACUUAGCAGCUCUCAAACUCAAAUAUAAGGAUCAUAUUUGGCUCUUACGUGGCAACCACGAAUGCCGUCAGGUUAACCAAAUGUAUGGAUUUUACGCCGAAUGUCAGAUGCUUUUCGGUCACCCAGGCAUUUGGUCACUUUGCAACGAAGUAUUUGACUUACUUCCAAUGGCUUCAAUUAUUGAUAACGAAGUCUUUUCAGUUCAUGGAGGAAUUUCACCUGACAUCGCUCUCAUCGAAAAAAUCAACAUGAUCGAACGAAAUGAAGAAAUACCAAACAAAGGCCCAUUCUGCGACCUUACAUGGAGUGACCCAGAAGAAGGUGACCAGUGGAGAAAUAACUCCCGUGGCGCUGGAUAUAUUUUCGGAGCACGCCAAGUCAAGGAAUUCUGCCAGCUUAACAACCUCAAGAUGAUUACACGUUCCCACCAAUUAGCACAAAAUGGAUAUGAAUGGUUCUUCGAUAAUAAACUUAUCACGGUCUGGUCGGCACCUAACUAUAUGUAUAGAACAGGUAACAAGGCAACAAUUAUGAAAUACAACCAUGGCGAGUAUGAACUCGUUGAGUUCCAGCCUUGCCCUGCAUCUCGCAGUAAAGUACCAGAUGAACUCCCAACGUCCGGAUAUUUCAUUUAA